AUGAGAGGGAUAGGUGCAAUUCUCCACAAAUUCUCAAUUGGGUUCUCUUUAAAAUGCCCAACAAACUCACUUUCAGUUCAAAGGAGUGGUUUACUUGGCAGCAAGAAUGCAAUAUCAUCAUUAUCUUCAUCGUAUAGUGGCAAUUGCUCUAGUUUGUUAUUGUUACAUGAAGAGAAACUUAGGGGUAGUAGUGGCUAUCCAGUCAAUAAUGUUAGAAAGAUAUGGACUUUCCCUCCUGUUUGUAUGGGCAGACGUUCUUGCAAAAUUGCUGGCAGAAAGGGAGCUCAAGAUGCAAAGAAGUCAAAAUUGUAUUGCAGGAUCGGGAAGGAAGUUGUGUCUGCUGUAAAGAAAGGUGGUCCAAAUCCAGAAUCAAAUACAGCUCUGGCUGCUUUAAUUGAUAAAGCCAAGGAACUUGAUGUACCCAAGGAAAUUUUGGAGCGUAAUAUUAAGAGGGCUUCUGAGAAGGGACAAGAGGCUUUCAUUGAGAAAAUUUAUGAGGUAUAUGGCUUUGGUGGAGUUAGUAUUGUAGUGGAGGUCUCAACAGAUAAAAUAAAGAGAUCUGUGGCAGCUAUCAGAGAGGUACUGAAGGAUUAUGGAGGAAAGAUGGCGGAUUCAGGAUCUGUAUUGUUCAAGUUUAGACGUGCCAGGGUUGUGAAUGUUAAAGUUACACAUGCUGACAGAGAUCAGCUCCUUGGCAUUGCAUUAGAUGCUGGUGCUGAGGAUGUUAUUGAACCUUCAAUAGAUGAAGAUGAUACAGAUGAGGAUAGGUCAGAAAGCUACUAUAAAGUUGUAAGUCCAGCAGAGAACUAUGCAGCAAUAUUGUCAAAACUGGGUGAGGAAGGAAUAAGCUUUGAGACUGAUAACGGCUCUGAGCUACUUCCUAUAACAACUAUUGAGGUAGAUGACGAGGCAGUAGAGCUGAACAAAGAACUCACGUCUCAAUUACUUGAACUUGAUGAUGUUGAUGCUGUUUACACAGACCAGAAGUAA